AACCGCUUUUUGUUGUACGAUGAGAGAUGGAACUGGGAGAAUGCUGGAAAUGAGGUGGCACGUCUCCCGUCUCCCACCUCCACCUCCUCCCCUGCAUGCACACACACACACACACACACACACACACACACACGAACGAACGGCCUCUUGUCUUCUUUGUUAUGACCUUACUAAUGCGGAUUCGGACUAGUAGACUCGAAGAGGCAGCAGCAGCAGUGGGAGCAGCACGCUUGGCAAUGACGAGUCGUCGAGAGUGGGAGCAGUGGUGUGUCUUGACGGUGGUGGUGGGAGCGAGUGGUUUCGCUCAUGUGGUGGAGGAGGGGUCGAGGAGGUGGAGGGAGUACCGGGAUGAGCGAGUGAGUGGGGGGGUUGAGAUUUCAGAGGGUAGUAAGGAAAAAGAAGGGAUUGACCAUCUGACUGGAGUUUUUCAAAGGAAGGAUGGGAAAGGGAAGGAAAGGAUUUACAAGGCAAGGGACAUGGGCGUGUUCCUUGUGAAAACGUCGGAUGUCUCCUUUUCGGGCUGCGUGCGUGCGUGCUAUGUGCACGUGAGAUGAGCGUGGAAGUUAUACCUACGCCCCUCUAGUUAUGGUGGGACGAGCUGGAUUGGAUUGGAUUGGUCCUGCGGUGGAAUGGAUGGAUGGAUGGGAGGGCGGAUAAAAUGCAUCUUU